AUGAGUGAGGCUCCGUACGUCGUCUUCGGGUACGGCUCCCUCAUCUUCAAGCCGCCACCACAUGUCAUAGCGCAAGUUCCCGGUUUCCUGAAAGGCUACGUACGCCGUUUCGCGCAGAAAUCGCACGACCACCGCGGGACGCCAGAGAACCCGGGGCGCGCGGUCACGCUCGUGCACGUCGAGGACUGGGAGGCGUUCUCGGGCUCGGACCCGUUCCCGCACGAUGACGUUGUCUGGGGUAUUGCGUAUACCAUUGACCCGCUGUAUGCGUCCGAGGUACGGGAGUACCUAGAUUACCGCGAGAAGGACGGAUACACGCUGGAGCAGCUCGACGUGCAUGGCCUUGAGAAUGGCGUAGAGAGAGUGGUGAUACACAAGGCCUACUGCUACGUCGGUCGCAACGACAACCCCUCCUUUAUUGGGUCCGAGCAGAUCGACGCGCUAGCGGAGCGCAUUUGGCGCUCCGUGGGCCCGUCGGGGCGCAACAAGGAUUAUCUGUAUGAACUUGUCGCUGCAGUUCGCCGGCUCGCGCCCGAGUCGUAUGAUUCACAUUUGUUUGCGCUUGAGGUGUGCUUCCGCUCCGCGCACGGUGUGCGCUUUGAAUCGCGGCUGACAGCCUCGGUGUUCACAGUCGCGCUGUCGAGAGAUGGAUAG